CACUGCAUGUAUGAUGUAUUAUCAUAUCCAUAUCUCUCUCCCUUAUGACAUCAUCACCUUCUUCUUCUCAAUAAAACCAAAAAAUUACUCUGUAAAAAUAUUUAAAAUAAAAAUUAAAACCCCAUUUUGAAUUAUGGAAGAAAACUAGGACUACACUACUGUACUUGCUCACUCUUAUUAAGCAAGCUAGAGUGAGAAAAGAGGAGAGAUAAAAUAAAAAAAACCGCGUUUUUCAUUCCAUUUUUGUCACUUCUCCUUCUGCUGCUGCUGUUGUUCUUGCAUUUUCUUGGAUCUCAGAGAAAAUUCAGAUCUACCCAGUUUCUGAAAUUUGUUUUUGAUUUUUAUACUUGGGUUUUUUAUAAUGGAUUUGUAGCUUUCGAUUUGACCCCAAAAAAUAAUAAACAUGGCGAGUUCAGACCCGAAUAAGAAGCCUAAACCCGGGCAAUGGCCGCCGGUGCCGGAAUCAAAGCCAAUGCCACCGACAUCUUGGGCUAAGAAAACUGGGUUUCGGCCCAAGUUUUCUGGUGAGACUAAUGCUAGUGAUUCAGGCCCAGUUGGGUCAGUUCCGAAGUCACGGGGGUCGGAUUCUGCUGUUGAUCUAGAAUUGGGUCGGUCGAGGCCUUUACCGACAGCAAAUGGGCCGGUAGCAGUUCCCGCAGUUCCUCCGGCGGCUGUUCCGGCGACUGGUGGGGAGAAGGAAGUGCCAGUGAAGAGGAGAAGGGACUCUGAUGGAGGGAGUGGGGGUGCAGCGAAGGGGCCGACACCUGUAGCGAAUGGGAACGGGCCAGGGCACGCUGUCGAGGGGGGUUCCCGGAGAGGGCAGGGUAGGAACGAGGAGGGUGUAGAGGCGGUGCCUCAUAUUGUAGAGGAUGAUGGGUUUGUUGGGAGGCAGUCUCAUAUGAAGUAUGAGCUCAGAGAUAGUCCUGGUCUUCUCCCCAUUGGUUUUUAUGGUCUCCAACAUUAUCUAUCGAUUUUGGGCUCAAUAAUUCUGAUACCUCUUGUGAUAGUACCGGCAAUGGGUGGAUCUUAUGAGGAUACAGCCAAUGUGGUGUCCACGGUUCUCUUCAUGACUGGAGUAACUACACUAUUGCAUUCAUUCUUUGGAACUAGGUUGCCCUUAAUACAAGGGCCUUCUUUUGUUUAUCUGGCUCCAGCACUUGCAAUAAUCAAUUCUACGGAAUUCCAAAAGCUGCAAGGAAAUAACUUCAAGCACAUAAUGAAGGAGCUCCAAGGGGCCAUCAUAAUAGGAUCAGCAUUUCAGACAUUCUUAGGCUACAGUGGAUUGAUGUCAUUGUUGGUCAGGGUUAUCAAUCCGGUGGUUGUGGCUCCAACUAUUGCUGCUGUAGGGCUUUCGUUUUAUAGUUAUGGCUUCCCACAAGUUGGUACUUGUCUCGAGAUUGGUGCUGUGCAGAUAUUGCUUGUGAUUAUCUUCUCUCUUUACCUGAGAAAGAUAUCUAUUCUUGGUCACCGUGUAUUUCUGAUAUAUGCGGUUCCCUUGGCUCUUGCAAUCACGUGGGCUGCCGCAUUUCUUCUGACUGCAGCAGGGGCAUACAGCUACAAAGGCUGUGAUCCAAGUGUACCUACAUCAAAUAUUAUAUCCGAGCACUGUAAAAAGCAUGUUGCCAGGAUGAAACAAUGCCGUGUUGAUACUUCACAUGCACUGAAAAUGGCACCGUGGUUUAGAUUUCCUUAUCCUUUGCAAUGGGGUACACCUGUAUUCAGCUGGAAAAUGGCCCUUGUUAUGUGCUUUGUCUCCAUAAUUGCGUCAGUGGAUUCUGUUGGUUCAUACCAUGCAUCGUCCUUAUUGGUGGCCUCUAGACCUCCAACACGAGGUGUUCUUAGUCGAGGGAUUGGUCUGGAAGGUAUUUGCAGUGUCUUAGCUGGCCUUUGGGGUACAGGGACUGGAUCCACAACACUCACCGAAAAUGUGCACACUAUUGCUGUAACUAAAAUGGGAAGCCGGAGAGCAGUUGAGUUAGGUGCAUGUAUUUUUAUCGUCUUAUCUCUUAUAGGUAAAGUUGGAGGGUUUUUAGCAUCUAUUCCUCAAGUCAUGGUUGCUGCUCUCCUUUGCUUCAUGUGGGGGAUGCUUACUGCUUUAGGCUUAUCAAAUCUGCGAUACAGUGAGGCCGGAAGUGCUAGAAACAUUAUCAUUGUUGGACUCUCCCUCUUUUUCUCUCUUUCUAUACCAGCGUACCUCCAGCAAUAUGGCAUCUCUCCAAAGUCUAAUGUGUCAGUACCAAGUUAUUUUGUUCCAUACAUUGUAGCCUCUCAUGGGCCCGUCCAGACGAAAUUUGGAGGGCUUAACUAUGUUGUAAACACAUUGCUAUCACUCCACAUGGUGGUUGCAUUCGUUGUGGCUGUAAUAUUGGAUAACACGGUACCUGGCAGUCGACAAGAACGUGGAGUAUACGUCUGGUCAGAAGCAGAGGCGGCCAGGAGGGAGCCGGCAGUGACCAAAGACUAUGGUUUGCCAUUUAGAGUUGGGCGGGUUUUCAAGUGGGUCAAAUGGGUUGGACUUUAAGGAUCAUUUUUAAUUGUCAAAAGCCAUUGGAGAGGGAGGCUUGAUCGGAGAUAGUCAGUUAGUUGAAAGAGGGAAAGGAAAAGGGAUAGCUAGCUGCUGGAUCGAGGUUCAAACAUAUGCCCCAUUAUGAUACAAUGAAGCAGCAGCAGCAUUUCUGGACAAGUGAUUUUUCUGGCUUGGUGUGGCUGGAAGAGGUGAGUUAUGUACAUCUUAGGAGGGAAUUUGGUUUAACCUUGUAAUAUUAAAUUGUUAGUACGAGGAUUUUUGUAUGUACGUAGAGGGGUUUUCAUAGUUAUUUUUCAGUCUGAUGGUGCACAUUUUACUGUUAAGGGUGCUUGCUCCCGUUGGUUUUUAAGCAUCUCAUUCCUUUGUUAUGCAACCCGGGUUUCACAUCUGUUAUUAUUAUUAUUAUUGUACUCUA